UUUGAAUUUGACUUACACGUCCUUACUUCUCCCAUCAUCCUUUGCGGCAUCUUCCUCUUCCUCCGUACUGUCUUCAGAGAAGGCAGACCUACAUUUGACACCAUGGCUGCCCUCAGACCUUUAACCAAGCCCAAGAUUGUCAAGAAAAGGACAAAGAAGUUCAUUCGCCAUCAGUCGGACCGCUAUGUCAAAAUUAAGAAAAACUGGCGUAAACCCAGAGGUAUCGACAACAGAGUCCGCAGGCGAUUCAAGGGCCAGAUGCUAAUGCCUAACAUCGGUUAUGGUAGUAACAAGAAGACUAAGCACAUGCUGCCCAGUGGCUUCAAGAAAUUCCUGGUGCACAAUGUCAAAGAACUGGAGGUCCUGCUGAUGAGCAACAGGACCCACUGUGCUGAAAUUGCCCACAACGUUUCUUCAAAGAACAGGAAGCUGAUUGUGGAACGUGCAGCACAGCUGGCCAUCAAGGUCACCAACCCCAAUGCCAGGUUGCGCAGCGAGGAGAACGAGUAAUUUGGGCCUGUUUGUUGGAUACUUCAUGUUUAAUAAAGUGACAUUUAAAA